GGCGCGGCCGGCGCAGCUGCCCGCGCAGCCGGGGCCCACGGAGGGGUGGAGGCUGCGGAGCCGGCGAACUGUGCAAAAAAAGCCCAGGGAUGCGAGCGGGCACCGCGCCGUAGACAAUGAAGCCGUGGGCGCCGCCGCCCGCCCCGGGCCCUGCGCGCCGCGGCCGCACCUGCCGGCGAGACCGUACCCGCGCCUGACCGCCCGCCCGCCGCUCCGCCCACCGGCCCCGCCGGCCCAUGGCUCGGCGCCCCGGGCCCGGACCCCCGCACUUGGGCCGCGCGGCGCACGGGCGGGCGGGCGCCAGGGGCGCCGUCCCCGCAGCCUGAGCGCGGCGCUCGCGGCGAGCGGGGGGCGUGGGCCCUCUCCGGGCGCGCCCGUUCUCUCGGUCUCGCCCGGUGACCGCUCCGACUGCGCGGCCCAGCCCGCGGCGCGCUGGAUGCGCCGGGGCCCCGGCGGGCGGCGCGGCGGCCGCGGCCCCGGGCGACAUGUACCUGCUGGACGGCAGCGGGGAGCCCGCGUCUCCGCCCGCGGACGCGAUGCCGCGCGGGACGGCCCCCAGGAAGACAGUCUACCGCAUCUCCGUGACCAUGGUCAGGAAGGAGCAGCUGGCCGCGCCGGGCCCCGGCGGCCCCGACCCGCGCCCGGCUCGGAGACCCCGGCCUGCGCGUUCCCCAGACGCGCCCGGGAGGCUCGUGGAGGAGGCCGAGGAGGCGGCGGGCGCUGAGGACCCGGAGGGCUGCCGGCCGCGCGCCUGGGACUUCCGUACCUUCCGCACCCGCAGCACCGGGCAGCUGGAGCUCGGGCGGCUCCGGCCGUGCGCACGCGGCGAGGGACCCGCGGACCUAGCCGGUAGCCCCCUGGCCAUGGAGGAGGGGCCGGGCUCGCCCGCGCCUGGCAGCCCCGACGUCGAGGGAGCCCGGGCCGCGCCCCUGCGGCGGAGUCUCAGCUUCAGGCACUGGAGCGGGCCCGAGACGCCGCAGGGCCGGGCCCUCGGCCGCGAGAGGCGCCACAGCAGCUCCGGGAGCCUGGCCUGGGCGCCCGGCGGGGAGGCUGCGGCCGGCGAGACUGCAGCCGCCCCCGGGGCCGCCCUGGAGCCCGCGGCCGCCUCGCAGCCCUCUUCAGAGAAGCGCAACACUCUGGACGUGGGCGAGGUGCUUAGCAAGAACGAUGCGCUCUCGGACCUGGAGCGCUGGGAGCGCAGCAAGAGCAAGAACCGCACGCUGGACAACAGCGACCUGCAGCGGCUGGAGCGCGCGCGGGCCGCGGCCGCUGGCCCCGUCGCGGCCUCGGAGCACCGGCUACUGCGCUUUUUCAGCGGCAUUUUCGCGCGCAGGGACGGCGCGCCCGGCGGCGGCCCUUCCCCCAGGAGCGGCGCCGCGUCGCGGCCGCGCGGUUACUUCAGCAGCCUGCGGCGGGCCCCGGCCGACGCGCACUCGUCCAGCGCCGAGAGCAUCGACGGGUCCCCGCGCAGAGAUGCCUUUGUGAAUAGCCAGGAAUGGACGCUAAGUCGAUCUGUCCCGGAGCUCAAAGUGGGAAUCGUGGGUAACCUGGCCAGUGGCAAGUCAGCGCUGGUGCACCGGUACCUGACCGGCACGUACGUCCAGGAGGAGUCUCCCGAAGGUGGCAGAUUCAAGAAGGAGAUUGUGGUGGACGGACAAAGCUAUCUGCUGCUGAUCAGAGAUGAAGGGGGCCCCCCAGAGGCACAGUUUGCCAUGUGGGUGGAUGCUGUCAUCUUUGUCUUCAGCUUGGAGGACGAGAUAAGUUUCCAGACCGUUUACCACUACUACAGCCGCAUGGCCAGCUGCCGGAACACGAACGAGAUCCCUCUGGUUCUGGUGGGGACCCAGGAUGCCAUAAGUUCCACCAACCCGCGGGUCAUCGAUGACGCCAGGGCGCGGAAGCUCUCCAGCGACCUGAAGAGGUGUACAUACUACGAGACGUGUGCCACGUACGGGCUCAACGUGGAGAGGGUCUUCCAGGACGUUGCCCAGAAGAUUGUUGCCACAAGGAAGAAGCAGCAGCUGUCCAUAGGACCCUGCAAGUCGCUCCCCAACUCUCCAAGCCACUCGUCUGUGUGUUCCGCACAGGUGUCUGCUGUGCACAUAAGCCAGACAAGUAAUGGAGGUGGGAGCUUAAGUGACUAUUCCUCCUCCGUCCCGUCCACGCCGAGCACCAGCCAGAAAGAACUGCGAAUAGAUGUCCCUCCCACUGCCAACACACCAACGCCCGUCCGGAAGCAGUCCAAGCGCCGGUCCAACCUUUUCACCUCUCGGAAAGGGAGUGACCCAGACAAAGAGAAGAAAGGCCUGGAGAGUCGUGCGGACAGCAUCGGGAGCGGUCGAGCCAUCCCAAUUAAACAGGGCAUGCUGUUGAAGCGAAGUGGCAAGUCACUGAACAAAGAGUGGAAGAAGAAAUACGUCACCCUGUGUGACAAUGGCGUGCUGACCUAUCACCCCAGUUUACAUGAUUACAUGCAGAAUGUUCAUGGUAAAGAGAUUGAUCUUCUGAGAACCACUGUGAAAGUACCAGGGAAGAGGCCACCCCGAGCCACGUCAGCCUGUGCGCCUAUCUCCAGCCCUAAAGCCAAUGGCCUGUCCAAGGACAUGAGCAGUUUACACAUCUCACCAAAUUCAGGGAAUGUCUCUAGUGCGUCUGGGUCUCAGAUGGCAAGCGGCAUCAGCCUGGUGUCCUUCAGCAGCCGGCCGGACGGCAUGCAGCAACGCUCCUACUCUGUCUCCAGUGCCGACCAGUGGAGUGAGGCUACGGUCAUUGCAAACUCGGCCAUCAGCAGUGACACAGGGUUGGGCGACUCAGUGUGCUCCAGCCCGAGCAUCUCCAGCACCACCAGCCCCAAGCUCGACCCACCCCCCUCCCCUCACGCCAACAGAAAGAAGCACCGAAGGAAGAAAAGUACCAGCAACUUCAAAGCCGACGGGCUCUCCAGCACCGCUGAAGAACAAGAAGAAAACUUUGAGUUUAUCAUUGUGUCCCUCACUGGCCAGACGUGGCACUUUGAAGCCACCACAUAUGAAGAGCGAGAUGCGUGGGUCCAAGCCAUCGAGAGCCAGAUCCUAGCCAGCUUACAGUCAUGUGAGAGCAGCAAGAAUAAGUCCCGGCUGACGAGCCAGAGUGAGGCCAUGGCCUUGCAGUCGAUACGAAACAUCCGAGGGAAUUCCCACUGUGUGGACUGCGAGACCCAGAAUCCCAACUGGGCCAGUUUGAACUUGGGAGCCCUCAUGUGCAUCGAGUGCUCAGGGAUCCACCGGAAUCUUGGCACCCACCUUUCUCGAGUCCGAUCCCUGGACCUGGACGACUGGCCCAUUGAGCUCAUCAAGGUGAUGUCGUCCAUCGGGAAUGAGCUGGCCAACAGCAUCUGGGAAGAGAGCAGCCAGGGGCGGACGAAGCCCUCACUGGACUCCACGAGGGAAGAGAAGGAGCGGUGGAUCCGGGCCAAGUACGAGCAGAAGCUCUUCCUGGCCCCGCUGCCGUGCACGGAGCUGUCGCUGGGCCAACACCUGCUGCGGGCCACCGCCGACGAGGACCUGCGGGCGGUCAUCCUGCUGCUGGCGCACGGCUCCCGGGACGAGGUGAACGAGACCUGCGGGGAGGGCGACGGCCGCACAGCUCUGCACCUGGCCUGCCGAAAGGGGAACGUGGUCCUGGCCCAGCUCCUGAUCUGGUACGGGGUGGACGUCAUGGCCCGCGACGCCCAUGGGAACACCGCGCUGGCCUACGCACGGCAGGCCUCCAGCCAGGAGUGCAUCGAUGUCCUGCUGCAGUACGGCUGCCCCGAUGAGCGUUUCGUGCUCAUGGCAACCCCCAACCUGUCCAGGAAGAACAAUAACCGGAACAACAGCAGCGGGAGGGUGCCCACCAUCAUCUGAGGGGCGUCUGCGCCCACCUGCCCCGCCAUGCCUGGGCCACCCGCAGCCUCUCGAGCUCUCCCUGGAAGUUACAGCAUGUGAGUCCUGUCGCGUCCCCUCACUCUUCCUGGUGGUCACCUGCCACCCACCCACCCACCCCAAACGAAAUCACCAAACCUAGACAGUCCUCACGGGGUGAAGAGGAGGCCAGGAGGCUGCAGAAUCGAUUCUUUCUCAUAAACCCCCCUGAUCGGCAAACAGGAGCGACCGAGGGCCUGGGUGGGUUGAUGAUAGCACACGGCAGCGCGGGACCCUUGUCCCCGUGGCCCGUCGACAGAGCACGGCACAAGGGACGGGACGAGAGGGGGAGGGGGGGCGAGGAGAGGGGGUACCUCUCCUUAACUGGCUGUUAAGCACAUCAGUACAUUUCACCUCUACCAAACGGAACGCUUGGGUUUCAUCUCUUCUCUGAGGAGCUUGACGGCAUAAAUCAGAAGCAAGCAGAGUUUGUCAGGUUUGAAGCCCCUAUGAUGGUAUGUGUCAAAUCAGUUGUAGCUAAUCUGUCCGGGGAGAAUACUGGCUUCAUUACACUUGUAUAGUUGAGCUCUUCCAGCAUUACCGCUGUUUAAUAGAACGUGAUUAGUCAUCACCGAGAAGAAAGCAUAUUAGCUGAGGAGGUAUUACGCCGCACGCUCCGAUGAUUGCCGUGAUGUGAUUGCAAUACUCUUAGAAGCAUCCGAUUAUCCCAGGCAUGUUCUUUCGAGCCCUUGGAGCCCUCCUUUCUAAAUUCACUGUCAUAAUUUAGUAUCUGUUUAAUUUUUCAGUCCAAAGAGAAGAAAUCAGUCGCUGAAUGUUAUUGGACUGCAUUCUCCUUGGUGCAAAAACAAAAUGAAAAAAUAAAUAAGAGUAACUCGGAAAUUCAAAAGGAAAUCACAAAUUCAGCUAAUAAUAACAUUUCGAGUGCAUUUAGUAAACUAAGUCCAUGCAUAAAAGGCUAUUUUUUUCCCCAAACGUGAGAGAGAUUUUAUGUCUUUUGGCCAAGGCGGAUGUCUUGGGUCUUAGUCACUCCUGGGCCACGUUGCCCAAGUCACACAAGCUUCUGUAUUAUAUCUUUAGAUAAGAUGUGUGAAAAUCUAUUUGAAUAAAAGAAGUUCAUAAAUAUGCAUUGAUUUUUGUACAGACAAAUGGCACCUCUGUUAAUUUAUAAAUUGAACUGGAUGUGAACUAAUAAUAUGCAACUAGUUGAGAUAAGAGGGUUACAGAUCAUUGUACAUGGAAAAUAUUCCCAGCAGUAAACACUUCCAUUAAUGUGAUAUACAGCUUUUAAAAAGGAACAUAUCAGAAUAAGAUAGUGGUACAAUUUGCUUAUUAAAAUCGAGAAAGAAAAAAAAAAGACACUGAAGCAUAUGAGAGAGGGGGAAAGAAGCAUGUGAUUCCUCAUUGUUGAGAAGCACGAUUUAGAUCUGACACCAGUUUUGCCAACCCAGAGGAAGGAGCUAUGGCAGGGGAGGGGGUGAUUUUCUGGGUACUGGCCCCAGGUGCUUUGCAAAGGUAGAUGGUGACUGCCACCCACCAUUCUGUAGCAGAGCCUGGCUCAUGAGAAUCCCUAAGACUUUUCCUUGGCAGCCAGGCCCUCCAUUUUAGUAUGUCACCUGAUUUGCUGUCAUCGUGGUAUCGGGCUGCCUCAGACUUCAGCCACCCUCAACGUGGUGGCCAAACAUAGUAACCCAAAUCAUGACUCCUUAGGUUAAAAAAAAAAGAGGGGGACUGUGCCUCGAGCCCUUUGGCAGUAGACGGGGGAAGAGGGUUGUCACAUUGAAGGAUGACACCAGACUGAUGUAGCACAAGAACGCAGGGCGACAUUCACCCGGCAGCCUCUGGGGAAGCCCCUUGCUCUCAUAUAGUAAACGUUCUAUUUUGUAAGGGUUUUUCCUCUUCUUUCACUUUAAAAAAAAAAAAUUUAAGUGGGGAAAAAAAAUAAAGCUUUACACAGAAUUUAUAUGUGGAUCAGUGUCUCAUGGACAUUCCUAACCUUAAUUCAGCUCAGUGGAACUCGGCAGUUUCCAGGAAUAACAGGUGCAGAAGCCACGAGUCUGAGGUCCGUACUCCCUCCACCCGAUUUUUAAUUCUGUGUUUUAUCACCGUGUAGUUAUUUUAAAUGUGAAUAGGAAGAGAAAAAGUGAUUGCUUAUUUUUGAAGAACGCGUUACUGUUCUAAUCCAGCUAUACACAUCCGCCUCCGCACAGCCUGUAGCAUAGAAUUUCCAUAGUGAACGCAGAUAUAGUAUAAAAGAAAUUCUUAAAUUAUUUCAUUGUAGUUAAUUCCCACUAUAGGAAUGCUUUAUCAUAGUGAAGCCUUCUUUUGAAAAGAAACAGAAUUCCCUGUAAGGCUUCUCUUGGGAUGUAUAUGAGUGUGUACAUAUUAUUAUAUGUGUUUAUAAUAUAAUAUUUUCCCAAAUGACUUCUUUUUUCACUAAGCCUUUCACGACCUGAAUACUAGAUUGGUUUUUGCCCUCCCCCCCCCGCCUGGGGAUUUCAUUGAUCCCUCCUUAGAAAGCUCGACCCUCUUCUGCUAUUUUUAUCGAUGUUGAUCUGCUCCAGGAGGAGGCCUGCUUUCUUGAGCCUGAGUUUUGGCAACAGUGGAAAGGCGGUAGUGGGUUUCAAGGGUUUUCUUUUAAAAUAAAGGUGACUGGUGGCUAAUCUGUUUGUAUGUCAGUGUCAAAUGAGCUGUCGCCACUCUCAUUCCCUCGUAAGGCCUUACUAACACCAAGGCCGGAGAAGGCAGACCAGGGCCAGGGUUAGAAAUCACCAGUUUGGGAAGGGGGUCGAGUUUUCAUUGUUUAUUCCCAUGUAAGUUCUAUGAAGUGGCAAUGACAUGGGAAGCCACCACUGCAGAAUUCACAUAACCGUUUCAAUUCAGAAUUAAAAAUUCCCCUUAAUGAGAAACCGCCCCCUGGGGAGGGCACAGGAGAGGGCAGUCACACGUGAGGUAGCUGUGAGGGUGGUCUGCAUGGACCCCAGACCUCACCGGAUUCCUUCUGUGGCCACGAAAACCCUGCAGAGGAAGAAGCCUUGAUUCUGACCCCGCAUAAGUGGACCUCAAGUACUGGGGCCAGCAGAUGGCUUGCCAAGCCCGGAGCCCCAGGCAUGGUCCCGGCCCCUUCCAUCUCCUCCUUCCCGGGAGGUGAGCACCUCGAGGGUGAGCGAGUGACAUAUUCAUGAGUCUUUGGUCCCACGAAUCGGUGUAGUUUCCUGUCUCCCAGGAAGUGCACACUGGGUGUAAUUAUCCCAGAAAACAGGUGAAGACAACAGGGUGCUUGCUGAUCGUGGGGCUGUGGGGCGCAGAAGAGAAUAGCUCUUACUGAAUUACUCUGGAUGGGAGUUCUUAAGUGGGUGCGUUCUCUGCAGGGCCGUGAGCCCGGCCAGCACUGCUGCAGGACCUUGCAGUUCCGCCCUCUUCUGAGGUUUUGUCCAGCCUGACGAGGUCUGCUUGGACCCAGCCUCUGCAUCCCUUGUAGGCACUGGUCUUCCCAGUUUUGUGACACCUGCACGCAUACAGGGUCAUUCCUACGUCUGCAAAGGAGAUGUCACUAACUUCGUGAGGGAAAAACACCAUCCAGGGAGAAAGACAGCCCGGGGGCCAAGCAGACCUGGGUUCACCUCGCUUUGCCGUCCCACCUAUGCAGCCUUUGGUUGGCAUCCAGCUUCUAGGACUCUCUCCUCAUCUGUGAAACUGCCGUGGCCUUGCAGGGUGUGGGGACCAAUGUGAUAAAUGCCAGCCCCACGCCCAGCCAGGGUCUGGAUGUUCAGGUGACAAGAGUGUUUAUUAAGAAUAGAAACAAUGAUAGGACCGAAGCCAGAGCACAGCCUGGACACCUGUCCCCAAGCUGGCACCGCAUCCUCAAGCCAGCGCCCUAGGAGUCGGUGACGGCACACUUGCCAGCCCCCCGCCGUUUGAGCCUCUGGUGCUAAGCCCACCAGUGCUCUGUGGGCCCCUGCCCACGGAGAUGCCUUCUCCCCCGAGGAAUGAGCCCAGACUGCCCACAUACCAUCUCAACCACCCACUUGCCAAAAUUUACCCUCCAUUUUUUUUUCCUCUGAGUUUGAUUUUCCAGAGGCAGAGAGAGGGUUGUCUUACCCUCGUCCCAUUCACUAAUGUUGCUUUCAUCCCAGGAUGACCCUUCUCUCUCCUACACCCUGUUGUUGUGUUGCUGGCUGGGACAGGCCUACUUUCCUGCAGACGCCACCUUGGGUCACCGAGAGGCUACUGUGACACCCUCACCUAUUGGUCCUUAUUUCAGUGUCAUUUUCCUAAUUCCUGUUAAAAUCAGCUUUCUGGAGAGCACCCUGGCUGGCAGAGAGUGGCUUUAGGCUUACCGCCUCUCCUCUCCUUCACUGAGCUGGUGUGAUUGGAUAGGGAGCGUCCGCUGCACUGCAGCUCUUGUCCCUUUCAAGGGUGACAUUCGACUUGUGCCUGCCCUUUGUGAUUGCACUGUCUUCCUCCAGAGUGGCCAUUGGGUCCUGCCCGACCCCCAGCCCGAGCUGUGUUCACGAGUGACAUGUGUCCCUGUGGCUCCCACUCUGCCAACCCUUCCUCCUUGCAUUUAGAAUGUUCUGGAAACAAGAGGGGGACAUCCACAUUCCCGCCUAGGGAGGUGCAGAGGCCUGAAAUAAUGUAGAUCCUCUAAGAGUAAGUAUGGUCAGGUCUCAGAAACGUCCCAAAAGGCAAAGAUAUUUGGAGAGAAAACCAGUUACCUCUGGGUGGGCCGCUUCCCCCUGCCCCCACAUCUGCUCUGUUUCCGUCCUUCAUGCCCCACAAUGUUGGUGCACCUUUUCUAGAACUCCCCUGGAUUAUAUUUAUGUCCUUCAGGCAAAUAGACUGAAAAGUGGUCAGGAAAGAAUUCGAAUAGAAACGUGAAGAUACAGGUCUCUCUUUCCCAGGAAACAGGAUUUCUCUCUAACUGCCUCCUGAAACAUGGAUUUCACGUGUUGUGAAGUCGUGUCUCCAAGGGAUGUCCACCCUCAUCCUUCACCAGAAAGCUGAGUGAGGGCCUUUGGCAUCAAGACUUGCGUUUUUCUCCUCUAGCCGUUAUUGACCUGUUUCUUUUUUGGAUUCCCAAGUGGUUUUCUUCAGGAAGCCCCGUGCUGAGUGAGUCUGGUGUGGGCGCCCUGGCCAGGCCAGGAUCCCCAGUUGUGCUGCUCACAGUGGGCAGGGGGCCUGGCCACUCACCUGGGCUGCUGAGGGGUGGCGUCUGUCCCCACUCUGCUCUACCCUGUGCCACCAAUGGGUCCUUUGUCGUUCAAGCAUCGGAAUCAGGUUACCUUUCAGUCAAAACAUCCUAUUCCUUCCAGUUAUGCAGAAGAGAGAAAGGGAGUGGGUUAUCAGGUGGGGUAGGUGGAAACAGUGCUCAGACUUCUAUCUCCACCACUGCCGAGAAGUAGUCACUGUGACCUCCGCGAUGAGAGAGAACAGUGCAGGCUGGCCAGCACCCCCAUGUUGGACCUUCACCUCACGAGGGAAAAAUAACAUGUGACAACAUAGACUUGACUAUUUGCAAAACACGAUGUUCUUCCCCUUAGAGAAGUGCUGUCCUUAAAUAGAUUUUUUAAAAAUAUUAAUGGAUUCCCUCUUUAAUGUUGAAUACCUGCUGCUUUUUAAACAUAGAUUGACACUUUUUUCCAGUUUGGGUUUUUCAAUUUGGGUCAGAGUUGAAAUUAGAGCACAUUUCAUCAGUAGGGGAUUCUGUAAAAGCAAAAAGUCAGUUUUUAAUUUGUGAUUUUUAAAAAGCCCAGGUUUUAGAAGGGUUUCAGUUACAUCAGUGUAGUACGCACCCUCCCCAAAGCAGUGGUAGGUACAGAGACGGUAAAUUUGAAAACCUCUCCUUACCGAGUUUCAUUUACGAAGUGCAUUUGGUUUUGGGGUUUGGGCCUGUUUGGUAAAAAUGUCCUUGUCUGAGGCCCUCAUCCCAUCCAAACGCACUACAGGGUUGGGGCCAGCGUGCCCAGGAGAGAGCGGCCGUGGCUCUGAGGCUGCAGGUGUUCAGACAGGAGCUGCCCCAGUGAAAUGGACAGAUGAGCCCUGGCUUCUAGCCACGUGACACCCAGCGCCCAGCAGCCACUCAGCGUGUGCCAGGCAAGGUGCCUUCCUGAGUGGGCAAAGGCACCUUCUUUAUUUUGGCCAGGCACGUGGCAUCUGUAGAGAAGGACCUCCCCGAGGGUCGUGAUCAAGCCGUGUGAUAGAGACUCGCCUGUCAGAGUCCAUUUAGGACUGAUCUAGAAUUCAGUGUCAGAGGGAAUUACAUGACCUUUGUCCUGAGAUGUAAGUGAAAGAAAGGAACCAAACAAGCUUCGAGGCUGUUGGGGAAUCUUCAGAAUAGAACAGACCCCCUUAACACACCAGCUGUCGGGAACAGUUGCCCCUAAUUCAGAUUAUGCCCUGAUCCUCCCGGUGCCAGACGGGGUCCACACUGGCCUGGGAAGCUAAUAUCUGAGCUGGUUCGAAAACUCUUGUAAAAAGGUGUUGUCCCGGCCCCUAGAAGCUCACUCAGUUAGUGAUGGCUUGUGUAAAAUGUUGAAUGUAGGAGCUCGAUGAAGGACGUCCCAGGUCUUUCCACCCUGGUGUCGCACCUGUACAUAGAAUCCCUGAGUGACAGGCCUCUUGCAAAGACACUGGCAGCAGCCCAGCUGACAGCCACUGCUCUCAGCUCUGCCCCUAACAUUCCACCGAGUCGCCCUCAGAAAAUGUACGUCCUGCCUGGGUUCUCUGGGGGUGGGAGGACAGAAUGGACCAAGGGUGCCGAGAGCCAGGGCCAGACUGGGGAGUUAGCUCUCCCUGACUGCUCACGAGAGCACAGCACGCACCUCCCAGCCCCACCCCCUGGGGUCCCAGCAGUUUUCUCACCACCACCGUUACGGGGGUGCACAGGCGGACUCAUGUGAGGGUCAGGGCUGUUCCGUGGCGGAUGGGCAAGGGGUACAUUUAGAAACUGCUUUGUGGCAGUUCACACAUCUUGAUGUUAGAAAUGAUGCCUUCAAACCUUGCAAAGCAUCACGGUUUCCCUCCUCCAACUGGGUUUUUGUGUCUAAAAGAUAUCAAAUUCUUGAGGCUGCAGCUCCUGCCCAGGCCUGAGCACCCAAAUGCUGGGGAGGAUGCCACUGGGGACCAUGCUGAGUGCACGAGAUCAAAGGCACCCUGGUGAGCCCCGAAGGGAAUGGGCUGGCUGCCCUGGGAGGGGCUGGAAGGGUUGGCCAGGCCAGCCACAGGCAGGUGGGUUCCGGGGCGUGGCUUCCUGCCCCAGACAGCCCCCUUCUCCUGUCCCUGACUUUGAGUUGGCUUCUCUUCUGGCCACGGGGUUUGUUUCUGAAAGGGGAGCCCAAGCAGGUCAAAGGUGAGAGGCAUUUCGAGGAGGGAGCAGGGAGGGCCCAGCCCCAACACACCUCUUAGCAUGUUAUUCUGUUUCUGUAAAUAGCAAUGUACAGAAGAUGGACGAGCAGCCUGCGGUUUAUCCAGAGAUGAGUUGUUUUUUUUUUGGGGGCGUUGUUUUUAUAUUACCUCAUUCAGCAAGGUUAUGUUUCACAAUGACUCGAUGAUGCUUUAUUUAUAUUAUUUGUACUGUAAUUAAAACCAUUGACAGACAUUUCACUUUGCUUGUUAUUUCAUAUGAUCUUGUUUUGAUUAAAUAUGCCAGUUUGUAUUUCCCUGCCUUGGGAUUUUUUGUGUCGGCUGUACAGUAUUCUAAGGGGAAAAAAAAGAAAAAGAAAAAUGUGUAAAGUAAUGGAGAGAGGUGGCUAUAGUGUAGAGACCUCUUUCUAAUAAAGAACUGAAAAUACAUCUACA